AUGGCGGACCAGCUGCGGCUCUCCACGCCUGCAACCAAGGCGGAUGAAAAGCUGGGCCCGCUGCCGUGCCCGGUGAACCGGGUGCUGAACGCCUGGGCUAAGCCUGACAGCGGAGCUGAAGUAUCAGUCGUGACACCCCGAUUGCUGCAGGAGCUAAGGGCGAAGGGCCAGUGGCUCAAGUGUCGCGACCUCAAGCAAUGGGAGUCCAUCAAGGGAAUCACCGCGGACCCGAUGAUGAUCAAACAGGAAAUCAAGCUGGACCUUCGUUUUGACACCAUUUAUGGAGGGUUAACGCUGAAGAACUUGACAUGCUGGGUGGUCUCGGGAGGUCGACCGCCGGGAAUGGGCGAUUUUCUGCUCAGCGAAGGUGUGAUGGAGCGGCUAGGAUACAAUGCCCAAGCGCUUUUGGACCAGGCUCGGAGCAUUAGUGAUGUGUACGAUAUGGACGAAGACGUGGCACCUACUGGCGUGCGCAGCGUGUUGACGUACUCCGCCGCCACUACCACUCAGCCCGAGCCGGCAUCGGAGAAGAAAGAGCUGCAGCCGGACGAGGAGCAGCGCUGUUUUCCUGAUAUCGACGUCGCUCAAGACCGCGAUGAGGCGCGUGCGCUGGAGUGGGAAAUCCUCGAGAGCAAGCUCGACGAAGCCGCGAAGCUCGGCUGCAGCGCGGAGUUUCGUGCAGAGCUGGCCAAAAUUUUGUUCGAGUACCGCGAUGUCUUCCGGAUCAAGCUUGGCCGCGACCCACCCGUGGACAUGCCCCCUCAAGGUCACUUUGAAGCCCGACGCAGUCCCGGUGCGCUGUAA